UUUGCUGAACCUUCACAACGACAAAAUUCUGACUGGUUGAAAGGACCUUGUGGAGGACAAUUACAGUGGCCAAUCACCGACUAUGUGACUGAAGCUCUUGACACAGGGAUGCCAUCUUUACCAGGGCCAGUUACCAACUGCAUGACUAAUGCUAUCGAAGGACCAUCAGCUGUAAACCAUGAGAAAUUUACCCUUGGUGCUUCUGUUGGUAGUGAAUUGGAUAGUUCAUUUCCCGACGUGUAUGAGUUCUUGCUAAGCAUAGAAGAUGUAAUCACUGUACCGGCAGAGGGCACCUCUGGAGCGCGGCAUAGUGUUGACCCUGUGAAAUCUGCAUCACUUAGCUUGCAACCAUCUGUUGCUGGUGGCAACCGAAUGUACAAUCAUCCAGUCACUAAAGUCGGGUCGCUGGAAGAGCUAAUGAGCAAGCAGUUGGUUGGAGCCUCUCAAGCAGGUCCUGUUGUUAACACUGCAAGUUUUCCACCAUCAGUUGUCGAUCAUAUUGGAGUCCAUGGUUGUACAGCUUCUAGCACUGGCACUACGAAUGGUCUUGAGAGAGCCAUGGGAGCUCCCGAGGGAGGUUUUCCUGUUGAUACUAUGCAAUUACCAUCAAUUCCUGGCACUAGUGGCAGUGGAACUUAUCCAGGCGUAAAAACUAGCAUCAAAGACGAUAACAUCUUUGAUUUAGAAGACCUAUUCCCAGAUGACAUAAUUGGUUUUGGCAAAUAAUAAUCUGUUGCUGGUUUCAUUAGAACAACCACUGCUUUCAGUCCAUGAAGUGAUUAUCAGUUCCUUCUCUUUCAGUCACUACUCAUGUAUGUGAUGAUCUUUGGAUUGGUAGUAUCAUAAAAGUGUCUGAAAUUAUGCGCUGAUAUAUCUUUCUUGUUUCAAACAAUGCAAAUUUGGGGACGGCUUGUGGUAAAUUCUAGAGGAUCUGUUGCCUGAACAUUAUCGACCCCGGUGAUUCUGACAUCAUUAAGAAUUGCCUGGUGACCAGUGAGGAAGCCAUUCUGAAUCUUGGAGAAUUGAGCAUUAGUUUUUUCAUAUGAGAAGAACAGCUAGUAGAUGAAAAAUUUACUUCAUUGUGGUUACUGUCAAGAUAGUCUUGAUGGUAUUGGAAUCAAUUUUUAAUUUACUAAAUGGACAAUGAUUUGUUGUACCAUAUUUGACACUUUUAAGUUGUUAGUUUUUGGAAUGUGCAACUCCUAGCUUGCUGUGAACAUUCACCAAGUUGAAUUCAUCUGAAAAGCACUUGGAUGAUUUAGCACAACCUUGGAAUUUGGCAGGUCAAAUCUUGUUGGAGUAAAAAACAUUUUG